AUGGCAUCUUCUUCCACAGUGAGCAGAAUGAACCCUAACAAACCUCAUGUCAUGUGCAUCCCUUACCCAAUUCAAGACCACAUCAAGCCAAUGCUUAUGCUGGCAAACAUUCUCCACUCAUUCAGCUUCCGCAUCACCUUCACCAACACAGAGUUCAGUCACGACAACUUGCUUACAUCCGGAGCACUCGAAUCCAUUGCCAACCCCUUAACUUCUGCUUUGAAACCAUCCCAGCCCGCCAUCCUCCCUCAUCCUCCUCUAGCUACCAUCCCGGACUACUACCACUUGCUUUGUCAGUCUGCCCGGGAAAAAUUCUUGCCGCCACUGCAUCAUCUCAUUACGAGACUGAACUGGUGCAAGACGGUGAGUUGUAUCGUAUCCGAUGGUUUGAUGCCUUUCAAUAUUAUGAUUGCAAGAGAACUGGGGAUCCCUGGCUAUCUCCUUUGGGUUCCAAAUGCUUGUGCCUUCAUGGGAUACCUCCAAGAAAAAGGCCUAAUGCCAUCUAUGGAUGAGCAACUGGACAUGGUUCUAGAUUCGACCUCUGUAUUGAAAAUAUUUUUCAUCGAAACCAAUUCGGUAGGAAAGUAG